AUGGGAUGUAGGUCAUUCACGUACAAUAUUCUCUUUCCAUCUCUUCUAAGGGUUGCAAAGGUCAAAAGCAUUUUAUUUUAUGAUUUGGGACCCAGACUACUACAACAUUGUUGCAAUAGUAGUUCUCUUGUGAACUUUCAAGCAUUGAGACCAUAUGCACGUGACACACGUAGAGGCUAUGAUCUCUUCGGCCGGGGUAGACCAGGGGAUGAAGAGUUCAAGAAAGCGUGGGCAAAGGAGAUGGAUGAAGAUAACACUCUAUGGACCGGAAGUGAGGAUGAAAGUGAUGAAGAGAUGGGUUCUAAGAGUAAUCUUGAUAAGGAGAUAAAGAAAGCAAGGCUGGAAGCUAAAAAACAUUCAGACUUGAUUGAUGCUAAUGACAGUGAUGAGUUACGAAGUGUCUGGUCUGGCAGUGAUGAAGAGAAGACCUUGUGGACUGGUGAUGAAAUGGAUAGUGAUGAUGAUGUUCCAACUGAAGCUUACCCGAAUGAAAAGAUGUUGAAAGCUGAACAAGAACCCGAGGAGUUGUCACCAGGAAAGCAAGCUAGGAAGAUUGCUGUUGAGAAUGCUCUAUAG